AUGACCCUCUCCGGUCUCGAUGGCGAAGCGCUCGGAGCAAAUCCUGCUCUGCAGCACGCCCUUGACUCCACCGUGCAGUCCACUAUGGCAGAGUUGGCCGAGGUUCCAUCGCAUGCAGUCCACUUGACCUCUGUGCGGCCUAGUGAUGGGGGAGUCCGCCUCGAGGCUAAGGUCCGGACCCCGGCCGGGCGCACGGCCGGGGACAUGCGGGGCCGUCUCACAGAAGAGAGGCUCGGUUCCGCGGUCGCGAAGGCGCUGGGGAGCCAGAUGAGCCUGCGACCCUUCACCCUCGGGGCUGUUGCUGUCAGUGGCAUGGAGGUUUUCUUCGCGUCAUCAAAGCACCCCUCGACAACCACCACUGCUUCUACCACCCUCAGGGACGUGGCCUCGGAGGAGAGUGCCGACAGCCUGGGGGAGGCUCAGAUGAUGUACGUCGUUCUGGUGGACAUGCAAGUCCAGGAUCUUGCGAAGUUUGAUGGGGCGGAGUUUCUUGAUGCCUUUGCCCAUGAAGUCGACGUUUCCAGGAGUCGUGUCACGACCGUGCAAACGCAAUUCCAGACCAAGGUGCGCUACCUGGUGCCAGAAUGGGUUACACCGAGCUCCUUGCAGCCUGUCUUAGCAGCCGCAGUGGGAGCACCGCUGAAAGCCGUGGAGGUCUCUGCGUCCUCUCGGCGCCUCACCGAGGGGGCAAUUGCCCAACACAUCCUCGCCGCCGUGGUCAGCACCGAGGAUCCCUCCAUGGCUGCGCAGCUUGCAGAGGAGCUACGAGACACCAAGAAGGUCGAGAAGGCAGCAGAAGCACAAGGCAUAGCCUCCCCGCCGCUGCAGUUGGAGCAGGCACCGAGUGUCGCGGUGAAGCUGCACACGCUGCUAGCCCUGCCGCGGGAUGUGCUUUCUGCGCCGACACCGAAGCACCUGUCUGCAGAGCUGCGCCACCGCCUCGGUGUCGAAGCGACGGCCGACGUGCUGGGCGUGCGCGAGGUGAUCGGGCAAAGACUGCGUCCAGAUGAAAUGCCAAAGCCACAGGCAAGCGCCGUCCAUACGACUGCCCGGACAACCAUCCGCAUGACCACCCAAGCUGCUACGACGACCACCACUACUACCACCACUACCACUACCACCACUACCGUGGCCACAACGGAGGAGGAAGAAGGGAGUCUGAAAGAGGCUCCUUACGGCACGGGGGAGGACCUGACGAUGUAUGUCAUUCAGGUGGAGAUGAGCCUGAAGGAUCUUGAGCACUUCGAUGAUGCCAAGUUCAUUGCUGCCUUUGCCCAUGAAGUCGAUGCCCCAAGGAGUCGAGUCACAACCGUGCAAACGCAGUACCAGGCCAAGGUGCGCUAUCUGGUACCCACAUGGCUUGCACCCAGCUCCCUCCAGCCGAUGCUGGUGGCAGCCCUGGGCGCGCCGCCGAAAGCUGUCGAGGUCACCCUGGAGUCUUCACGGCGACUGGCGGAGGCUGAAGCUGCCGAACAUGUUCUCACCGCUGUGGUCAGCACAGAGGCUGCGUCCACGGCGGUUAGGCUGGCAAAAGAGCUCAGGGACCCGACGAAGGUCUUGGACGCAGCGUCCACGCAGGGCGUUCCCUCCUUCGCAUUGAAGCUCCAGGAGGCCCCCAGUGUGGCCGUGCAGGUGAAGACGAUGUUGGAUCUGCCCGACGUUGUUCUGGUAGCACAGAUGCCGAAGCAUUUCUCUGCAGAGCUGAGCAAGCGCCUUGGUGUCGAAGCGACGGCCGACGUGUUGGGGGUGCGAGAGGUGAUCGAGCAGAGGAGGCGUCCAGAUGUAGCCACGAAGGAGAAGGCGCCAACAUCUCCCAAAGGGCUCGGCUCGCUCUUCCACAUCCGUGCCGGGCGAAUCAGCAUCAACAAUCUUGGCGGUGUGCGCUCCUCCAAGAAGCCCAAGGAGCUGCGUUAUAGUCAUGUGGCCAGCGCCUUUGGCAAGGAGCUGGACAUGGUCGUUCGAGCCGUUGGGCCCUACAAGCCUCGGGAUACGGCGUUGACCGGCAUCGAUGGACAUGUCUUCGCAGCGGCCAUCAACGUGGCCAACGAUGGGGAUGUUCAGCUCGAGGUUUCCGUCGUCGAGAAGGAUUCCGAUAAGUUGGUCCACCUCCCUCAGUGCUACGUCUCUGUCUUCGACAUUGAGGACCCGCUGCCCGCUCUCUCCGCCUCUGGGCAGGUGGAGGUUCUCGGUGCGAAGGUGAUGUUCUGGCGCAAUGGCACGGCAGUACCCAUCAAGGAGCCCUGGGCCCCGCAAGGGCCCGCUGCUUGGUACCCCGUGGGUGAAGAUGGCACUGUGCGGCUGCGGAUCCGCGCGGAGCGCAGCGGAGGGAAUGUGCUCAGCUCCGCCUGGGUGGGGCGCAACUUCUUCAUUGCGCUGCGAUCUCCAGCUGUGACAGUGCAGGAGGAGAUCGAUGCGCCAGCCAGAGGAUCGCACGAGGCUGAGGCUCAGGCGGCCUGGAAAAGGUUAGGACGCAAGCUGGUGCUUGGCCGUGACAACGUGAUCUUCAACAACCUGGGAGGCCAAGGGCCCGGCCACCUGGACGAGCCGCCGGAGAUCCGCUAUGCCGCGGUUGGCAGCAUUAUCGGCGACAACGUGGACAUGGUAAUAUCCGUGGGCCCUGGUAGCGAUCCCUACCAGCCGGAGGAGGCCUCGUUCAACGCAGCUUCCGGGCAUUUGCGAGCCGCGGUCAGCGUGAAGUCUGGAACUUCAGUGGACCUACGGGUGAAGUUGCAGAGACCGCUGUCCGCACGCGAGGUGGUGGUUCCACGGAUCUAUCUCGUCAUUGUGGAUGUGGAGGAGCCGAAACCCUCGCUUUCACCGGUAGCGGCGGUGAAUCUGUGGGGCUUUGAGGCGGUCCUUUUUCCCAAUGGCACCCACGUGCCAGCCUCCAAGCUGAUUGUGCCGGGUCAGACCUGGGCGGUUCCGCACGGCUCGCCUGUGGCCGUCAAGUUCGAGGACCUUGCGGCCCUGUCGAUGACGCUACAUGCUCUUGGUGAAGGUGGACGAACGUUCUUCUUGUCCCUCUUCUCUCCAGACAUAGAGGCACCUCUGGCCAGGCAGCAGGCUGCCCAGCCGGCUCGAGGCUCCGACGGGCAGCUUCGAGCCGGUCUCAGCAAGCUGCCCUCGCUGUCCAUGCCCAGCCAGGCCUCCGGAAUUCCGACUGCUGCCAUGUGCGAGCGCUUCUCCUUCUCCCAGCACAACCUCGUGUACAACAACUUGGGGGGCAGCGGCCCUGGUGAUCCGGACGAGCCGCGCAUCAUCCGCUACCACCAGGCUUGUACCAAGAGCGGCAAGGCGGUGGACAUCGUGAUCGAAGUAGAUCAUGGAUCGUACCAUCCAGGACGUGCAAGGCUCAACGGCCUUGUGGGCAGCGUUCACGACGCAGCUGCGGUGAAUGUGGCACUUGGAACCACCGCGUCGCUGAGGAUUCGCCUGGUUGACUCUCAGGAUGCACCCGUCUCCUUCGAUCGACUGUACUUCACCGUCUUUGACGUUCAGGAGGAGGAGGAUCACGGACCUUCCAUGUCAGCCAGUGAUGAGGUGGAGAUCAGUGGCUUCGAGGAUGUCCAGUGGCCAAACCAGACCCGGGUACCCAUCAUGCCGGGGUUGAAGCAGGCCUGGCCAGUGCCCCGCGGUCCGGCUCUGUCCUUCGCUUUCCACGAUGCCACGGAGGUCACGUUGCAGCUGCAGCCAUCCAAAUCUGCAGGAAGUUAUGCCGUGGGCGACUGGGAAGGGCGGACCUUUUUCCUGGAGCUGUGUUCACCAGAGGCUGGUGAAGAGGAGGCGCUGCCCAAAGGGCCAUCCCAGCCUCCGCGUGUGACGCUGGCUCCUCCGCUGGUUCAAGAGGAUCAGCCCCACGAGGUGUUUCCCAAAGUGGGACUGCCGCUGGUGCUCUCUAGUGCAAAGGUCGUGGUGAACAACCUUGGCGGACAUGGCCCGAACACAUCGCAGCCACGGGAGUUGCGGUUCAGGGGCGUCGGACAAACCGCACACCAUGAGGUUGAUGCUGUGCUUCGCGUGCCAUCUGGCGGUGUUUACUGGCCGAAGCGCCCUGCUCUGAAUGGCUUCGUCGGGACCCACUUGGCCGCCUCGGUGAAUGUGGCGCUUGGCCACGAGGCGGACAUUGAGUUGUCACUUGUGCGCUCCGAGCACGAUGGCCCGGAUGUUCCUGUCACUUUCCGGCGGCUCUUCGUCACCCUCUUCGACUCUGAGGAUCCCGUCCCCAGCAUCGCAUCCACAGGGGAGAUUUUUAUGGCAGGCUUCGAGGCCGCCAGGUGGCCGAACGGCACAGAGGUGUCAAGGAAGGCGUUGGUAUCCCAUGGACAGGCUUGGUCCAUUCCCAGCGGGGCCGCGCCGCUGCUGGAAUUCCGAGACGUGCAGAAGGUGUCGAUGCGACUGAAGGCGAUACAGAGUGAAGGGAACUCUUUGGGGGGCCUUUGGGCCGGCCGAAACUUCUUUAUCGCCUUGCACUCACCGGACUUGAAGGCAGUGCACCACAAGAGGCGCAAGCACGUAGCAGUGCUGCCCGGCUUGCCGCGAGGACGCUUUCGGCGGCAUCCGCUGGCGAAGGUGGCCCCUUUCGCUGCACCGAAGCACUUCGGCGGCAGCGCCCUCCUUGCCGCUGAGAACGUCGUUUGCAAUAACCUCGGGGGCCACGGCCCUGGAGACUCAGAUGAGCCCCCUGAGCUGCGCUUCAGCCGUGCCGGCUUCGUGGCGGACCAGCCCGUCGACGUGGUGAUUCAAGCGGAUGGGCCUUAUCAUCCCAAGAAUCCCAAGCUCAACGGCCAGCUGGGGAAUGACUUCGGGGCCGCAGUCAACGUGGCCUUGGGAACGUCGGUGGAGUUGCGAAUCUCGUUGGUGCAUCACGGGCAUGAUGAGCAGGAGGCAUCCGUCUUGGUGCCGCAGCUCUUCCUCAGCGUUUGCGACGCCGAGGAGCCGUCACCGCACUUGGCGGCAUCCGGCCAGGUCUCUGCAUCGCACAUUCAGGGCGUCUUCUGGCCCAACGGCACCAUUCUGCACGGGCCGGCAGUGAAGACUGCCUACGGCGCGCCGGCGGGGCCAGCGCCCAUCUUCGCGUUUCAGAACAGCUCCACCAUCCAGGUUACUCUCCGAGCCGCAUCCGAGCAAGGCAGCGUGGUCGGAGGCGCCUGGGCCGGACGCACCUUUCUGCUGGCGCUUCGCUCGCCCAGCAUCACACAGGAGCUUCCGGUCGACCAGAGCGGUGGCCGGCCUAGCAGAGCGGAGGAGGCCAAGGUGAAAGCACAGCAUGGGCAACAGCUUGGAGCGCAAGCCGUGCCAGGAGCCCCCACCGCCUCCAAGGAUAUCAGAGUCUUCUUGCCUUCUGCACUCGGUACGCGACUGAUGCUGAGCCCAGAGAACGUCGAUGUGAACAAUCUGGGGGGGAAGGGCCCCGGGCCUUUGGACGAUGCACCGGUCAUCCGCUUCAGACAUGUGGGCGUUCACCAAGGAGAAGACCUCGACUUGGUCUUGCGAGCUCUGGGGAGCUACGAGCCUGGCCUUGUGGGCCUCAAUGCGAUCAUGGGGCACCACUUCGCCGCCUCGGUAAAUGUGAAGCUCGAGACCUCUCUGAAGCUUCAGUUGCAGCUCCGUCCUUCGAAGGAGGGCUCCGAGCACAGCAUUCCGUUGAAGCGGCUUUACCUCUCUGUAUGCGACACAGAGGACCCCCAAGAGUUGCUGUCGGUGGAUGGUGAAGUUGAGACCUCUGGCUUCCAGGCAGUCAAGUUGGGCACCGGACACUGGGCCCCUGCUGCAACUUUGGACCUGGAGCCGGAGACCGCGUGGGCGACCUCCCGGGGUGUUGCCCCCAUUUUCGCCUUCUGGAACACGGCCACCCUGAUCUUGAAGUUGAAAGCAUUGCGCACUGGAGGCGGAGCUCUUGGGGGCACCGUAGCCGGCCGGACCUUCUUCAUCUCGCUGUGGUCCCCAGACUUGGAGGUCGCCUCCACCACCCCCUCGAGCAGUCCGGCAGUCACAUCCUGGCGCACGACGACGCCCAGUGCGCUGCAGGACGGGUUCCCCGCUGAUGGGGUGCUGCUGGGCACCCGGCUGCGGCUCAGCUGGCGGAAUAUGGUCUCCAACAACCUCGGGCACAAGCAGAGCAAGCUGCGCUUCGGUCAUGUUUGUACCAGGCACGGAGAGUCGCUGGAUUUGGUCGUGUGGGCCUCCCCGUCCGUCAACGCGGGGCUCGGUCGCGCCGGUGCCGCCUCGGUGAAUAUCGCCGCCGGCCAGCCGGUGCAACUUCGCCUCUUCCUGGUUCGCUCCGAGGAUUCCAAGGAAGCGCCUGUCUCCUUGGACAAGCUCUUCCUUACGGUUUACGACGAGGAGGAUCCCAUCCAAGCGCUGUCGGCGAGUGGGGAAGUCGCGGUCCGAGGUUUUGAGGCUGCCAAGCUGCCGAGCUCUGGCUGGGCUACGGCAGAUUCUCUACCCUUGGCAAAGGGAGGUGUUUGGGCUCUGCCAGCGGGGCCCUCGCCACUCCUGGCCUUCGCAGGUUCUUCCGAGGUCGACCUGGCCCUCCGCGCAGAGCAACUGGGAGGAAAUGCCCUGGGCACAGCUUGGCAGGGGCGCACCUUCUUCUUGCAGCUGUGGAGUCCCGACGCCUCAGUCGCCCCGCCUGUGCUAGCAGCAGGUCCUCCAGAAGGGGGAGGCCUCGCCGUUCUGCAGCAGACAAACGAGGCACGCAGCCCAGCUCUGCGCAAGGUAGCCGCAGGUGGAGGCCUCCUCGUCGCUCCAGCGGCUGCAAGCAUGGCGAAGGCUCCUGCAUCGGCACCACACCGGGCAUCCCCGGUCCCUGCAGCAGCGCAGGCAGCCGGCGGAGGCCUCAGCGCUGCGCCCAUGCAGGCUGCCAGCACGGAGAAGGAGCAUACCGCGGAGGAUGCUCCCAGCUGGAAGCGAGGCGUGCCGCUGCAACUUCGGGAGGAUAAUGUGGUCAUCAAUAACCUUGGGGGUAAAGGGCCAUCGCGGCAAAUGAAGGUGGAGGAGAUCCGGUAUGUGAAUGUUUGCGCCUACAAUGGUCGUUCCGUUGACCUGGUGAUCCAAGCACCGGGGAAUUACACGCCCGGCGACUCUUCCCUGAACGCCCUGGCGGGAGAUCGGCCUGCAGCUGCCGUGAACGUGGCCAUCGGACACUCUGCAGAGGUGACACUGCAGCUCGUCUCGACCACUUGGGGCAGUGAGGGCAUGCGGGAGAGGCCAGUUGUACUGCCCCACCUCUUUGUCACCGUCUUUGAUGCAGAGGAACCUUCCCCAGAAAUCUCGGCGCGCGGGGAGGUCGUGGUGCGGGGCUAUCAGGCACUGCUUUGGCACAACCGAAGCAAAUCCUGGGACCGCGGUGGUGGACAGGUGCUUCCGCGCGGACGAGCGCCGGUGGUGGCCUACUCGCAUGCAUCGGAGGUGACCUUGAAGCUCACGGCUGUGGCAAGCCAAGGAAGCGUCAUGGGGGCCGCUUGGACCGGCCGGACGUUCUUCAUCGCCCUUCGCUCGCCCGACGUCUCGGCCCCAGCUCCAGCUGGACACCAGGCACCGCCGUCGUAUGCAGCCGGAGGCCUCGCUGUCGCUCCGGCCCAAGCUGCAAUCGCGGCGCAGGCAUUGAACCACGGCGCCCAGCACACUUUGCAGGCGCUGGGUGCGGGCGCCGCAGCAGGUCUCAGCGCUGCCACAGUGAAGGCUGCAAGCACAGAGAAGGAAGAUGCUUCGGAGGAUCACAGGAAGCGCGGCGUGCCGCUGCAGCUUCGGGAUCAUAAUGUUAGCGGGCUUGUGCCUGGCAACCGCAGCAAAGUUCACUUGCAGUUGCCCCCGACCCCGCACUCGCCGAAGGUGCACCGGCUGCCGGUUGCAGCCCUGGCAGCGGCGGCCUUGGUGAACUCCACGGCAACCACGUCACAGGCAACUACCAUCACUGCCACUUUUUACAUGCCACCUACCAGGACCGCCACAGUCACCACAGCAACAACUCAACUGUGGACGUCCAUAACGUGGACCUCUGUCACCUGGACUGCUGAGCCCACGAGGACUGCCACCAGUGUCACAGCUACCACAGUCACAGCUACCACCGUCACAACGAACACGGCCACCACCCUGACCUGGACGUCGGCCACUGCGAUGUUGUACAUCCCAUCAACGAGGACAUUCACCUCAACGACCAUGACGUCAACCACCGUCACGACUGCUGCGGCUUUGCCCUUCUGGUUUCCCUGGCAGCAGACAGGAACCGCCGGCAGCAGCAGUCCUGCUCCGAAGGAGCCCGCGCGGCAGGCCGGAUUGGUGCUUGAGAUCAAGGGCCUGGACUACCAGCAGCUCACGAAGUCGACCGAGGAUGAGCAGCACGAGGUAGAGGAAGGCCUCCGAUCUGCGAUUGCCUGGCGCGCGGGUCUAGAGAGAGGUCGGAAGGUCGAGGUUCGUGAGAUGGACCUGUCGCCCCUCCCCGGGGCGGUCAUGGUUCGCUCUACAUUGACCUCACCGAAGGGUCUCGACAUGCAAAGGCUGCAGUCCUCCUUCAAUUCGGCGGGAUUCCAGCGGGAUGUGGCUGAUGCUUUGCAGUCGUCCCAAGUUGCAGGGAGAGCCGUGGCAGGUUCCCUUGCUGUGGAGGGCAUCUCCAUGGCCCCAAUUCUCCAUAGCAGUGUCAGAGAGACACCUUUGGAAAUGAUGGGGGUCACAGGCUGGCGCCUCUCUCAAGUCUUUCUCUUUAUGGCUUUUGUGAUGACACUUUGUUGCUUGAUCCCUUUGCUGUCCAGAUAUCUUUUUCAGAGCUGGCUCUCCACACCGGGUCCGGGCAGCCACCCGCACCAUGACGACCCUUUCAGCAGCCAGCGGGAAGAACGAUUUAGUGGAACGCCCUGGGCCGUGAGGCCAGGGGCUGGCUUCCAGGAGGCCUCGAGCGCUUCGGGGUCGCACGGCCGAGAUCUGGGCUUCGCAUCGCUGGGGGCACCGCCGCGGCCGCGAAGCUACGACUGGGGUGAGGACUCGAGUGUGGGUGAUCCCAUGCUCGCGCGAAGCCAGGCAUCCAGUGUACCAGCUUCGCCAAUACCCUCGCAUCCAGACCGGUUCCUAUCCGGUAGUAUGCCAUCCUCGCCUAGCCGCCUUUCUUCGAGAGAGCAGGUGUUGCCCUCCCAGCGGCAUGGCGAUGCAUGGCCGGAGCGACUGGGCCACGUGCCAAGGCUCGUUGGCCUAGAUCCUGUUCGUCCUCCCUCCGGGGAGGCGCCGCCUUCAUGGCCCUCGUCCUCCUCACGCUUGCCUUCAGGGGCGAGUGGCGAUGGACACAUAGCAACCGUGGUGCAUGCGAGAGUGCUGUCGCCCUCGCUGCUUGACUCACCGGGGCCAGGGGUGAGGCACCUGGAUCCGGCUUCUGGCUCUCGCGAGAGCGAAUCGCAGAGAGUCAUGAGCCAGAUCCUGGGAGAGCAACCUCAGAGAAGUUUGGCCCAGGCGCCCAGCCGGUCGCUGAGCGGUGCCUCACAGGGAAACCCUGUUGUGCAGCAGAUGCUGCGGGGCACCGCGCCCUUCGACGACCAGAGAUGGACGGGGCAUUGA